AAGACGAAUAUAUUUAUAUAAUGAGUUGAAAAGAUUGCGCAAGACGGUCUUCCGAUCACGCCGGUUAGUGAUAGCAUUAAACCGUGCAAAAUUCUGUUGUAUUUCAUUUCAUUUAAAACAGUUGAUUGUUUUGGUUCGCGAAGUCAAUACGCAUAGAAACAGAUGAACCAGCUCAUAAACCGGGCAAUUCUAGUCGGCGAACGAUCGUCGCUUAGUUGUCUUGUAAAAGGAUUUCGUACAUCAUCUCAAAACAUGGUUAUCGCUGUCGGCGACAAGCUUCCUCCGAUUGAUCUUUUUGAAGAUUCACCAGCUAAUAAAGUGAAUCUUGCAAAAAUCGCAUCUGGCAAAAAAAUCAUUGUUUUUGCAGUGCCUGGAGCAUUUACGCCAGGAUGUUCAAAGACUCAUCUUCCAGGAUAUAUACAAAAAUCUGGAGAUUUAAAAUCUAAAGGAAUUGCUGAAAUCUUUUGUGUGGCUGUAAAUGAUCCAUUUGUUAUGGCUGCUUGGGGAAAAGAACAUGGUGCAGAAGGCAAGGUGCGAAUGUUGGCAGAUCCUGCAUGUGAAUUCACAGAUGCAUUAGAACUAUCUGUAGAUCUGGCUGUAUUGGGUGGUAAACGAAGCAAACGAUACUCGAUGCUUCUUGAAGAUGGAGUAGUUAAAGAAUUAAAUGUUGAACCUGAUAACACAGGACUUUCUUGUUCUUUGGCUGAAAAUAUCAAGUUGUAAAAGCCAUAUUAAAUAUUAUGUAGUACAUUUAAUAUAAUUAAUAUGGGUUAACAAUAUCUUAUCUUAACUUAUCAAUUCUGUUGUCAUUGUUAAAAAUGUAUGUAAUAAACUGAGUAUUCAUUAUUCUGUAA